UAGAGGGUAGCAGUGGAAGCAGCAGCAGCAGCAGCAGCAGCAGCAGCAAGCCAGCAGCCAGCAGCCGGCGGAAGAAAACAGAGCCGAACGAGCUGAACGAAGCAAAGGAGGGAAGCGGAGAAGAGCGCAGCUGAAAAAGGAGAGCUGAUUUAAACAUUAAAAAUGGCCGCAUCGCAGGAACCACAACAACAUUGUCACUGCAAACGUCACUGCCUGCUUUGAGCGAAAAUCCAUCUCACAGCCCACCACCACCGAGAAGCGCAGGCACAAAUUCUCUUUGUUUGUGGCUGUGUGGCCGUGCGGUGCUGCCAAAUAAAACAAAACGGAAACGUAGCAGCAGUAGCGGCAUUGGUUGUGUGUUUUAGGGAAACAAAAAAAAAAGAUUAAAAAAAAACAACGUACGACGCAUUCAACGUUGUACACCAACCCGUGCGUGCCAAUGGAUUAAAAAGGAAAGGAAAAAAUAGGCCCAAAACCUCAGGGCAGACGGCGACGGUGUAGCGAAAAAAAUACACAAGGCAAAUUAUAAAUGAGCACAUGCAACAAAAAAAAAUCACAAAAGAAACGCCAAGAAACAGGAAACACAUAUGCAAAAACUCCGUCAUCAGCAUCAUUGUGUGUCGCGUGUGUGUGCGCGCGCUGGGCACAGGCCACAGGACAUAGGGCGCCCAAAUUCGUAUACUAUCCCGGCAGGUGUGUAAGAUCGGGAGCUGGAGGUAUUGCUGGCAGUGAAGUGGACUACCGAAAUACGCAGUGUUAUAUCCAAUCACAUAGCCAAGAAUUCGAAGUUACAAGUAAAGGGAAAAAAGCGCUACGGUACACCCUUAAAGUCAUCGUCCCGUGCGCACAGUUUUCAGCUACAGCAAACAAACACAAAAAAUGCAUCAAUAGUCGUGCAACAAAUUUAAAGGAAGUGGUGUGUGGCCGUCUCUUCCCCUCCCCUCACCCACAAAAAUCCCUUUGUGCAGUCCCAGCUGUGUGUAAUAGUGGCGAAUUGUUGUGCCCGCUACUACUGCGACGAGGCAAACAACAACGACAACAAAAGGAAGCAAUUUCAACCUCGGCCGAAGGAAAAGUUUCGCGUAAAACACGCGCUGCUGCUGCGUUUUUGGGUAUCACCCCGCGUGUGUGUGUGUGUGUGUGCUUUUUUGUGUGUGUGAUUGCGCUGCUUCCUUAACGCGCGUCAAUCGAGCAAAAUGCCGAGCGCUUCCUUCUCGUCGUCCCGAUCGUACGUUCGCCGAUCCCGGCGAAAGGGCAACCGAAUACCGCUGCCAUCGAGAACUUCCGCAAUCUGCGAACAGAACAUUCCAGCACCGAACGUCGGUGCAGCCUUGUCGUCCAAUGGCGGUGGCAGCAGUGGCGGAGCGGGCAGCGGUCCGGCCGUGACGGCAGCAGCCCCACCGACAGCCGGCACCGGGCCCACGACAGCCGUCAGCACCACAAUCAACAGCACCACCACUAGCAGUACCUCCGUCAGCUCGUCCACAUCCAACGCUCCUUCCACGUCCUCGUCCGCGUCGUCUUCGGCCACGUGCUCAUCGUCCGCAUCGACAAGCUCCGCCUCAACGGCACUAGCGACAGCCGGCAACAGUGCGACUUCCAUCAACGGCAUCAUGUCCGUUGCAUCCUCGUCCUCCUCCUCGGCCACCUCAUCCUCGUCCAUGAUGGCGCCGCCCCCCGGUGUCUGCACAUCGGCGGCAGGGAUGGCCGGCUUCGGUAGCGGCAGCUUCAGCGCCAGCUCCACAACCAACGCGGAGCUGGUCGGUCCACUGGGGAUGGGCUGCGGUUCCGGUGCCGCUGGAACCUCGUCCUCCACGACCACCUCGUCGCAGUGUCUGUCGGCGAUAUCGGCUUCACUGUACGCGAUCGUCGGAUCGGGCACUACUGGGGCUGCUUCCUCCUCAGGCGUCGCCACGUCGUCGUCCGCGUUCGGCGGUUCCAGCACUUCCUCCUCCACUUCCAUAUCAGGGACGGCCGGAGCGGCGGGCACGUCGACGUGCGGACUGGCCGGCCCCGUAUCCUCUGUGACACUGUCGGAGGUGAAGCAGAGCUCCAACUCGCCAUACGAUCUGCGCAAAAAGUCCCCACUGACGGCGCAAGACUCUGCUAGCGGUGGUGGAACUGGCGGAGGAGGAGGUGGUGGAGGAGGAGGAGGAGGAGGCGGAUGGUUAGCAGGAGGAGGAGGCGUGGGUGGUGGUAACGGUCCAGCAACGUCUACCUCGUCCACGGCAUCGUCCUCCGGUGCGUUGGCAGGCAACUCGUCGUCGGCGGGAUGUUCCUCGUCCAGUGCCGGCCCGUCCGCACCGUUCGGCCUAGGGUGUGGCGUGGCAUCUUCCUCCUCAUCUAGUAUUAGUGGCAACAACUGCUCGCCAGCUGGCAGCGGCGGCAAUGGUGGCAAUCUGCUCCUUCACCAUCACCAUCACCAUCAGCAACAGCAGCAACAGCAGCAGCAACAGCAGUAUCAGUCCUCGGGCGGGUACGAUCCGAACGCGGCCGCCUACAUGCUGCCGGCCCGCAAGCGUCCCCGGCGCACGUACUCGAACAGCAACGAGGUCGGCACGUCGAUGGCAGCGGCCACCAUGCCCCAGCAGCCGACGGCGGCCGCCGCCGCACUGCUUGCCGCGACGGGCGGCGGCUCGUCCGCCUCCUCCUCCGUUGCCUGCCGGCCGGCGGCGACCGCGGCCGUGGUGGCGCUCACCUCCCCGGCCACCCCGUCACCGCCGAUGGCGACCGCGUCGGUGGCGAUGGCGGGCACGAUGUGUAUGCAGUCGGCGGCCCACUACCUGCAGUACGAGAUGCCGGACGAGGUGCUGCUCACGAUCUUCUCCUACCUGUACGAGCAGGAUCUCUGCAGGGUGGCGCUCGUCUGCAAGCGCUUCCAGACGAUCGCGAACGACAAGGAGCUGUGGAAGCGCCUGUACCAGAACGUGUACGAGUACGAUCUGCCGCUGUUCAACCCGGAGCUGUGUAAGUUUGUGUUCGUGAAGCCGGACGAGGCGGACUACGCGAACCCGUGGAAGGAGAGCUUCCGGCAGCUGUACCGGGGCAUACACGUGCGGCCCGGCUACCAGGACCGGCGGUACCAGGGGCGCACGAUCGCGUACUUCAACACGGUGCAGGGCGCGCUGGACUAUGUGGACGAGAAGAACACGGCGGGCGGCAACAGCGGCGGCAGUAACGGUGGCGCUAGCGGGAACGGAAACAAUGGUAUGGGCGGUAACAACAACAAUAGCAAUAACAACAACAACAACAACGGUGAUGAUAUCGGAGCAGCUGCUGGAGGAGCGGCGACCGCCGGUGCCGGAGGUGUUGGUGAGACGCUGGCGACCGGUAGCUUAAUAUUCCUGCACAGCGGCACGUACCGGGGCGAGCUUCUGGUGAUCGAUUCGGACGUGGCGCUGAUCGGGGCGGCCCCGGGCAACGUGGCCGAGUCGAUCAUUCUCGAGCGGGAGUCCGAAUCGACGGUAAUGUUUGUGGAGGGCGCCAAGCAUGCGUACAUCGGGCAUAUGACGUUAAAGUUUUCGCCGGACGUUACGUCAACGGUGCCGCACCACAAGCACUACUGUCUGGAGGUGAGCGACAACUGCAGCCCCACGAUCGAUCACUGCAUCAUCCGGAGUACAUCGGUUGUUGGAGCCGCUGUUUGUGUGAUCGGCGUCGGUGCCAAUCCGCUGAUCAAGUACUGCGACAUCAGCGACUGCGAGAACGUGGGCCUGUACGUGACGGACUACGCGCAGGGCACGUACGAGCACAACGAGAUCAGCCGGAAUGCGCUGGCCGGCAUCUGGGUGAAGAACUACGCUAGUCCAAUCAUGCGCGAAAACCACAUCCACCACGGGCGCGACGUGGGCAUCUUUACAUUCGACAAUGGCAUGGGUUACUUUGAGAAGAAUGACAUCCACAACAACCGAAUAGCGGGCUUUGAGGUGAAGGCGGGCGCCAACCCAACUGUGGUGAAGUGCGAGAUACACCACGGCCAAACCGGUGGCAUCUACGUGCACGAGAACGGGCUGGGCCAGUUUAUUGAGAACAAAAUCCAUUCCAACAAUUUUGCGGGUGUGUGGAUUACGUCGAACAGCAAUCCCACGAUCAGAAAGAAUGAGAUCUACAACGGGCACCAGGGCGGCGUGUACAUCUUCGGCGAGGGGCGCGGACUGAUCGAGCACAACAACAUCUACGGCAAUGCGCUGGCCGGCAUACAGAUACGCACGACGAGCGAUCCGAUCGUGCGGCACAACAAGAUCCACCACGGCCAGCACGGCGGCAUCUACGUGCACGAGAAGGGGCAGGGGCUGAUCGAGGAGAACGAAGUGUACGCCAACACGCUGGCGGGCGUGUGGAUCACGACCGGCAGCACGCCGGUGCUGCGGCGGAACCGCAUCCACUCGGGCAAGCAGGUCGGCGUGUACUUCUACGACAACGGGCACGGCAAGCUGGAGGACAACGACAUCUUCAACCAUCUGUACUCGGGCGUGCAGAUCCGCACCGGCAGCAAUCCGGUGAUACGGGGCAACAAGAUCUGGGGCGGCCAGAACGGGGGCGUGCUGGUGUACAACGGGGGGCUCGGGCUGCUCGAGCAGAACGAAAUCUUCGACAACGCGAUGGCGGGCGUGUGGAUCAAGACCGACUCGAACCCGACGCUGCGGCGGAACAAGAUCUACGACGGGCGGGACGGUGGCAUCUGCAUCUUCAACGGGGGCAAGGGCAUCCUGGAGGAGAACGACAUCUUCCGCAACACGCAGGCGGGCGUGCUGAUCUCGACCCAGAGCCACCCGGUGCUGAAGCGCAACCGGAUCUUCGACGGGCUGGCGGCGGGCGUCGAGAUCACCAACAACGCGACCGCGACGCUCGAGUACAACCAGAUCUUCAACAACAAGUUCGGCGGCCUGUGCCUGGCGAGCGGCGUGCAGCCGAUCGUGGGCGGGAACAAGAUCUUCAACAACCAGGACGAGGUGGAGAAGGCGGUGUCGGGCGGGCAGUGUUUGUACAAGAUUUCGUCCUACACCUCGUUCCCGAUGCAUGAUUUCUACCGCUGCCAUACGUGCAAUACCACCGAUCGCAACGCAAUCUGUGUGAAUUGCAUCAAAACGUGCCACUCCGGUCAUGACGUUGAGUUUAUACGCCAUGAUAGAUUUUUCUGCGACUGCGGUGCCGGUACGCUGACCAACCAGUGCCAGCUACAGGGCGAACCGACGCAGGACACCGACACGCUGUACGAUUCGGCGGCGCCGAUGGAAUCCCACACGCUGAUGGUGAAUUAGAAACGCCCAGGGUGCAGGGUGUGCAGAAACACAUUUCUCGGGCCGAACAAAACAAACACAACAGUGUGUGUACAGAAUGGGGAAAACCGAGAAACGAGUCUAGUGGGCUUUUUUCUAAAAGGAUAACGGUGAAUAGCGGUUUGCCUCCGCCUUUGCUCCGUCGCCUUGUCCGUCGUGCACUGUUGGAAAUGGAACUGUUCUGCUGAUAUCGAUCACUUUAAACAAAUCACGGCAAUCACUUUAAGUAAGGGAGCCAAGGUUCCCGCCGACCCGGUACACUGGAUGGUACGCACCCUGGCGGUGGCCACCAAUACAUACGCGGGGUUGGCGCGCACAUGGUUCGAAGCAAUUGCGCAGCGUAAUAAGCGAUAGUAUUUUACUGUGUAAGGUUUUUUUUUUUUGAGGAAGGGGGGGACAAUUCAUACGGAUUUAAGGGGAUGAUUGUGUGCUUGUGUAUGUGUGUGUGUGUCGGUAUGUGUGUUUGCGUGUACGUGUGCGUCGUGUGUAAGCUCCUAUAUCUCGUGUCUGUGCUUGCGGCCAUUUCAGUUUGUGCGUGUGUGUGUGUGCGUCAGUAGUAGUGUGUGUGUGCGUCGAGCGACUUUGUGUGUGUGUGUGUAUGUGUGCUGUACGUGUUCGAAAAAAAACACGAAAUUUUCCCCUGUUUUGAGGUAGUGUUCGUCACACACAGUAAACCAUGAAAAAUGAAAACACACCCCCAGACAAUGCAAAUGCCGCCUAGGAGAAAGGGUCCACUGCAGAGGGGUGGUCCAGCAGAGGGAUUGCACGGAGGGAUUACAAGUAUUAUUGUGCGUUAGUUUAGGUUCUGUGCGACGAAUAUAGAUUGAUAUCGUGUCCUCGUUCUGGUGGCUUGGAUUGUGCAACUGAUUUGGCCGGUACCUUUUCAGCGCUUUCUACUACUGCACGCUACACACCUGCAGACGAAAUCAAUCUUGUCCAUUGCAAUCGAAGAAAAUUGAUAUUAAUUGCCACCUCAGCUGGCUUGGGGGUGGGGUUUUGGGGCAGCAGUUCCGGCGUGAGUGUCCCCCCAGACCCAGGAUUCGGGUGGAUCAUCCUGCUCACAGUCAUAUCAUCAUUACACUACUCAUACUGUAAGCUUAAGCCAUUCUCUGCUACGAUACGGCAGCUCUCGGAAGGAAUCGCUUCCUCUUCGCCUGUUCCUUUUAUUUUGCGUGUUUUGUUUCGAGGAGCCGCUUUCGUCCAGCGAAAGCAUGACUCCUCCGCCAUAAAUCGUUCGGUGUGUGAAGAUUGAAUUAGUUUAGGUUGUCUUGUUAUAGUUAGUACGAACCACAGAGCAAGCGGCUGCUUGCUGCUGUAGACUGGCAUACAUUUAACUUUUCAUUUGCUUUUUAUUUCGUUCUUUGCUGUCUCACUUUACUUACCGGCACAAAAAAAAGGAAAUAGCUAGCCUUUCAUUGCUCGUAAAAAGACUGUUUUUUAACCCGGCAAUUCGUACGUUCGUUUGCAUCUUCCCGGAAAAUCAAAACGAUGGCAAUCAUAUUUACUCCUUGAAGUGGAACUUGUUCUGGCAAAAAGGGUUUUUCUUCCUGCACAAAUUAAAAGGGUUGCAUAUUUUCCUCUCCCGGCAGGUCUUAAAGACACUUCCCGUUCAUUGUGUCUCGUGGGACAGGUUUUUGUGCACAAAAAGGAAGCAAAAGGAAUCCCUUUCUAAGUUAAACUACUAAUUUACAAGUACAAACACACACACACUCCACUGCUGCAAGAUGGUGUUUUCAGAAUUACAGUUAUACCGAAAGUACCGCAACAAAAGGACUCCCCCGGGCUCCACAAACCACAAAUUCAAAACAUACACACACACACACAUGCAAGUUCAAAGAGAAUCCGAGAUGAUGGAGCCGAAAAGCAUACAAUCCCGCGUCCCAGUGCAUUUAUCUGUGUUAGUACAGGAUCUUAUCGUAUGAUUCGUGAUCGUAUUUCUAUUAUUGUAUUUCACCUACGGUAUAUAUGUUAAAGCUAAUCUCUAAAUUAUAGUAACGCGUCCUCUCCCCUCGUUUCCCACUUCUUCACUUCCUCUCGUCUGCUCCUGUAUGAUAUUAUUGUGUGCUCGCUGUAGUGCUCGCUCGUGUGACCCAAAUGUGGGGUUUUUUUUAAAGCACGACAGACAAUUGAUAGAGCAAAAUGAUAGAGAUAACUGCGAGGAAAAACCCGAAAAACAAAUGAAAAAAAAAACAAACAAACUCAGCAGCAUGAUACAAUUAGAGUAAUGCAAAAGAAGAGCAAAAAAACAUGAAGGCAGGCGCUUGAUAAAACAAAAACAAAACAAAAAACACGUAAAAUCGAAUGAAUGUUUGCAGAUGCUUUUGUUUCUUUUCUUUUUUAAAUACUGUGUUACAAUAAUGAGUUUAGUUUAAGUGUCUCUGUGUCUAUCUGUAGUCAUCAGUCAUCCCCGGGUGCAGAUUGAACCUUCUUCUAACGCCCAGACCCCCGCCCAACACACAAACUGCUUUUGGUACAUCGUCUACAUAAUCGUACUUGUAAUUGGAAUCGAUCGUGAUUGUGCGUGUGUAUGUGCGUGUGUGUGUGCGUGUAUGUGUGUGAGAGUGUGUCUUAAGAGCGUGUACUCUUUUAAACAAAUUCCAUGUGUUUAGCGUCUUAAUUUAGUAAAAGGGGUGGGGGUCGAAUGAUGAGGGAAUUGAGAGAUGAAGCAGGGCGGGAGGGAUGAAGGGUAAGGGAAUAUGUGUGCGUGCGUGUGUGUGCGUGUGUGUGUAUCGUUGUAAUUGUAUAAAUUAUUAUCACGCGUAUAUCGUCGUUUAGGUUAUAAAACACUUUUUUUUUAUUAUUAUUAGAUCUAUAGUUUACCACCACUCGGCGCUCUCAUUUUAUUACGUUAGGAGAAAAAAAACACAUAUUUAUAGGAUCGAAUUAUAGUUUUAAUAACAAAGCCGCGUAACAAAUGUACGUAUAUUAUACACACCCACACAGACACACUAUUGGACAUAAGGCGCGAUCAAAUUCUACCGUAGGGCGAUAGCGCCUACUCCCUCCCGGGCGUGCGUACACUGUUGAGCCUUGCCCCAUGCCAUCAUCCUUCCCGCGGCACACGUGUACACGGAUUGUCUCUCUAAAAACAAAAUGCUACAAACACAGCUGCGUGUGUGUGUGUGUGUAUUAAUAUUUUAUUACUUGGUAGUGUAAGUCUCUCGCAACAAUAACAAAACACACACGUGUCGUAGUCGUAAUGAUGGAUGGGUGCGGGGCAACAAGCCACUAGUGUGUACGCUCUGGAGGUGCGCGUGCUACUAAACGGCCUACUAGGAGUAGGAUCGCUCGCAGUAUGUGUUUUUGGAAAGUACGCUAUAACAACAACAACAAAAGGGAUAACUUUAUUAUCGAUUCAUUUUUAAUGCCUAUAUAAAGUACAGCUGUAUGAGAA